AUGCAGAUGCUCGAGCUGGUUCUCCGCCUGGCCCUUGUAGUGGGCGCUGCUGCAGGACAUGGACGACUGCCAGUGCGGCGGUUGCAGGCGAUGACGGCAAUGCAGACGCCUUUCCCAGCCUCCUGUAUGGAUGCUUGCCCUGAGCUGCAAUUGGCGAAUGGCACCUUCCGAGACAUCUACGACUACAUGGGGCAGGCGACAUUCAUCACACACCAUCAGUACAUCACCCACGUCGCUGCCUUUGUCGAUGCGAUCUCGGGGCUUCUCUGCAGCCACAGGAGCCUGGCAGAGUGCAUCGCAGCCAACCCAGGCUCUUGCGACGCAUUUGCGGCCGGUAAGAGACGACUGCAGGCGCCGAAGCUCCGCCAGCAGAUGCGCAUGCCAUCCGAGGGAUUGCGACGAACGUUUGGGGGACGACUGCUUGGUCGCCGGCUGGAGGUCAGUAACGACACCAACGACACAGGCGACAACUACUCUGAAGGCGACAACUACACCAAUUACACGGACAGCUACGACAAUUCUUCAAGCGGUGGCUAUGGCAACUACUCCGACGGCUACGACAACUCUUCAAGCGGUGGCUACGACAACUAUUCCGACAGCUCCGACAACUCCUCAAGCGGUGGCUACGGCAACUACUCCGACGGGUACGACAACUCCUCAAGUGGUGACUACGGCAACUACUCCGAUGGGUACGGCAACUCCUCAAGUGGUGGCUAUGGCAACUACUCCGACGGGUAUGACAACUACUCGAGCGGGUACGACAACUACUCGAGCGGUGGUUACGGCAACUAUUCCGACGGGUACGACAACUACUCCAGCGGUGGCUACGACAACUACUCCAGCGGGUACGACAACUACUCGAGCGGUGGUUACGGCAACUACUCCGGCGGGUACGACAACUACUCGAGCGGUGGCUAUGACAACUACUCCAGCGGGUACGACAACUACUCGAGCGGUGGUUAUGGCAAGCACUCUGACGAGUACGACAACUACUCGAGCGGUGGCUACGGUAAUCAUACAGACGGCUACAACAACUAUACGGAUGGCAGCGGCGACCACCAGGCAGAUUCGGAGCUGUUGCGGGAGUGCAACUGGGGGAUGCUGGCAUGUAGUGCCGGCAACAUGCAGCUUGAGAGUGGUGAUGACGCUCUCAACCUCUUCAUGGAGUUCGUCACCAUGACAAACAUGUCAAUGGAAAAUGUGACCACUCUGUGUUCCGCUCCUUUGCUCAAUGUUUUUGGGCUUGGGUCAAAAGACACACUUAAAACGACUUGCAUAAACGACUAG